UCACCCGGAUGGGUAGGCCAAAGUGUACAAUAGCACCUUGUCGGUUGAUGCUCUUGGCCAUCAUCAGGGUGGGUGGAAUCAUUGAGUUUUUCUCUCGGUUAUCUAGCAGAAAGCACCCGGUCAGAUGCCUUGGGCUGCUCGAACCACCCUGUUGAGUGGAUUAUCUUUAUGCUUGACGGACGCCCCUCCUCGACUCGAUCCGUCGUUCCAUCUUCAUACCACCUUUGCACUUGUCUUUGAUCAUGUUUUCGGAGCUCAAUUGAUUCAUGACCAGGUUAUGUCCAACACUUGAGUUCCUCCCUAAGGGCCGAGUCUAACCCUUCAACAUAUGGGCCCAAGCCCAUACAUUACUUAUUCCCAAUUUUUAGUUUUCUACUUUUCUUGUUGUUGAAGAACCUCUGCUAGGGUUUAGAUUUUCAACGAUAACAUCUUCUACCACAGCAAAUCUCCAGCCAUUCUUCGAUGGAUCCUUCGUCAAUGAACUCCCCAGAGCUGCAGAACCUUCUAGCCCAAGAAAAACAAAAGGCCAUGAUUAGUGAAAUGAUCUCAAAGCUUACAUCUGCUUGCUGGGACAAAUGCAUCACAGGCUCUCCCGGAAGCAAGUUCAGUUCCAGCGAAGCUAAUUGCCUCACCAACUGUGCUCAACGUUACAUGGAUAUGAGUCUCAUAAUCAUGAAGCGUCUUCAGCAGUGAGAUUUAGUCUAAGCUUUCAUUUUGAUUUGAAGAAGCCCUUCGUCAUCGUCUCUUUUAGGAGCGAGCAUGCUUCUUAUUAGGUUCUUUUCUGUCGUCGACAAUUUGUAUGUUUAUGAUUUAACAUUAUAAAAAGCAAAUUCAGUUGCUA